AUGGGACUUAUAGACCAAGGAUACUUCCCUCUUCAAAAUAAUCGCCAAAUCACGAUCCUUAAUGCGUUCGAGGACGUGAGUUCGCGGACAGCACUAUCUUACCACUACGAUCUUUCGCCGAAAAGGGUGUAUAGAUCAGAAAAUGCAUCAGUAACAAUGAGACAAUACGAAAAAGAUAAAUCGAAGAAGCAUAUAGAAUCCACAGGCAAACUAUAUGAAAAGCUUUGGCUCAAGAUACCGUUAAACCUGGGUGACACAAUCAAUGCAUCUUCAGCCGCACAAUCUUCAAUCGGACAACCCACAGGUGGGCAACUUUCGAAUGCAUCAGCGCAACCAAAUGAGCCUGAUCAUGAGCCUGAAGUCGAUUCAUCUUCACUGCGGAUUAUAGACUCUCGACAGUGCUCUAACGGAGAUUGUGAGGAGUUUGUAGAUGCAAUGGCAGACAAAAAUGGUUGGGACACAACCAUAAAAGAUCAUAUCAAGAGACUGAUUCCGUCGAAGGAUAUUGAUAUCCGUAAGACACUAGAUGAGUCCAAAAUCGAUGAGUGUAUUAUGAAGCUAGAAUUGGGGGAUAGGGACAAAGAGGAAGAAAAAGCCUUGACUAGAGAUACCCGGGGACUUGAGAGGGAUAUCAAAAACUCGAAGCGAGUGGUGCAAUCACAGAUUGACAUUUUAGGAGAUGUCAAAAAAUUCUACGGAAAUAUAAGUUCAUCACUCGGCUUCACGGGAGAGCAAAUAAUUCCUGCUCUUAAGAGAAUCGAGGAGAUUGUUAAGGGACUAGUAGAAUUCUCCGAAAGAAUUGACUAUUUACUUGAGACUCUAUUAAACGCGCUGGCCGAAGACACUACCAAGGAAGCAGCUGCAAACACUGUAGACGCUACCAAGGAAGCAGCUGCCGCUACCAGGAAAGCAGCCACAGACACUGUAGACGCUACCAAGGAAGCAGCUGCCGCUACCAGGAAAGCAGCCACAGACACUGUAGACGCUACCAAGGAAGCAGCUGCAAACAUUGUAGGCGCUACCAGGAAAGCAGCCACAGACACUAUAGGGGCUACCAAGGAAGCAGCCAAAGACACUAUAGACGCUACCAGGAAAGCAGCCACAGACACUAUAGACGCUACCAGGAAAGCAGCCACAGACACUGUAGGGGCUACCAAGGAAGCAGCCAAAGACACUAUAGAUGCUACCAGGAAAGCAGCCACAGACACUAUAGACGCUACCAGGAAAGCAGCCACAGACACUAUAGACGCUACCAGGAAAGCAGCCACAGACACUAUAGGGGCUACCAAGGAAGCAGCCAAAGACACUAUAGACGCUACCAGGAAAGCAGCCACAGACACUAUAGACGCUACCAGGAAAGCAGCCACAGACACUAUAGGGGCUACCAAGGAAGCAGACGCCGCGGCCAGGGCAGCAGCCAUAACAGACCCUAUAGUCGGCGCAUUAAAAAGUCAGCGGCAGGUUAUGUCGAUGCUCACACUCCUGACAACUGUAUUUUUGCCGCUUGGAUUUUUCACUUCCUUCUAUGGAAUGGCUAGGGAUGAUGAGAAGAAAAACAAUCCACAUAAAUUCUACUUGCCACGGGGUUCUGUAUUGGGGAUAACGUUAAAGGCUCCUCCUGUAAAUGUCACAAACGAUGUAUUUAACUGA